UUUCCACUAUUCACACCUUGUGGAAAAUCGCCAAUUUUCGGUGUUUUCUUUCUUUGAAUGUUAUUAUUGUAAUAUUCAUGUUUUAAAGAAAAAGUACAAAACGUAUACCAAUGACUUUAACAGCCCGACAACGCAGUAUUCAUAAUAAAAAUGGUACAAAAAGAAUUGCAAGUUUCAAUAAAGGGAAACGAAAAGCUAGCGAAGGUGAAUUCCUUGUGACAAAUGCACCUACAGACUUACGUAGUAUAACAUACCCCGGCGGUGCAGUGGCACUCGUUCUGCUACUCACCGCUCGUCUCCUGGCUGCAUACUGGGGACAUAUAUCUGAUUGUGAUGAGACAUACAAUUAUUGGGAGCCAUUGCAUUAUUUAGUAUAUGGCAAUGGACUCCAAACGUGGGAGUACAGUCCUGUGUACGCCAUACGGUCAUACAUGCCGCUGUGGCUGUUUGCUGUACCAGCUAAGAUGCUGUCGCUGGUGGCGUCACCAGUCACAGUGUUCUAUACUAUACGAGCCCUGCUAGCUGUGCUUGCGGCGUGUGCGGAUCUUAUGUUUUACAAGGCGGUGUGCCACGAGUUCGGCGUGCAGGUGGGGCGCGUGUGGCUGGCGGCGUGGGCGCCGGCGGCGGGCGCGUGGGCGGCGGGCGGCGCGCUGCUGCCGGCGGCGUGGUCGGCCGCGCUGGCCGCCGCCGCGCUCGCCUGCUGGUGGCGCCGCCGCCUGCCGCCCGCCGUGCUCCUCACCGCCGCCACCACGCUGCUCAGUUGGCCAUUCACCGCCCUCUUAGGCGUACCUAUCGCAAUAGACAUGCUGAUCAUCAAGCGGCAGUUCGUGGAGUUCUUCAAAUGGUCGAUACUGUCGCUGCUCAUCAUACUGCUGCCGACUGUGGCUGUGGACUCAUACCACUAUGGAAGACUGGUGGUGGCCCCGUGGAAUAUCGUCGCGUACAAUAUCUUCACUGAGCAUGGACCGGAUUUGUACGGGGUGGAGCCGUGGACCUAUUACUUUGUUAACGGAUUCUUGAAUUUCAAUAUUAUCUGGGUGCUAGCUCUGUCCUGCCCUCUGCUACUGCUGGCGUGUACAGUAAUUAUGCCCCGGUCGACCGCGCGUGCAUCUUUCUGUGCACCUUAUUGGCUUGACUUAAUGCCUAUAGUGCUUUGGCUGGGUGUGUUCAUGAUACAACCACAUAAGGAAGAGAGAUUCCUAUACCCUGUAUAUAGCAUGAUAGUGCUGGCCGGAGCGAUAUCACUGGACUGUAUACAGAAGAUGACGUUUGCCGUCGGCACCGAGUUGUUCAGAUGGCGGAAGGAGCGAGAGAGACGGCACUACCUCGCGUACACCGGGCCUCUGAUGGUCAUGUGUGUGUUAUUAGCGGCCGCUGGUGGUAUCUCUCGGAUAACAGCGCUGUACACCAACUAUCACGGACCGAUGCGUCUGCUGCGGUCAUUGCCACCAGCGUCCACCACUGACUCAUACCUCUGCUUCGGCAAGGAGUGGUACCGCUCGCCAUCCAGCUUUCAUGCGCCUGGAUACAACAUUAGAUUCAUACCGAGCGAGUUUCAGGGACAGAUGCCAGCUCCUUAUGCUCAGUCCGCAAAUGCGACGCGACUUAUUCAUCCUCACUUCAACGACCUCAACAAGGGUGACAACCGGACCUACAUACAACCAUCGCAAUGCCACUACCUAGUCGACUCUGAUAUCGGUAGCCCCAGUCAACUCGAACCUGCGUACCACAAGAAAUCCACGUGGGAUAUAGUAACCUCUGUACCUAUACUAGACGCGCAGAAAUCGCAUAAAAUAUUCAGAGCAUUCUAUAUACCGGUGUUAUCCAAUAAAAAUAACGUAUACGCCAAUUUAUAUUUAUUGAAAAAUAAACUAUUGGCAGGUUGAUUAGGGUCGAAAUUAGAAUAUCAAUUCGUUAGUUGAAAUACAUUAUUUUUUGUAUGGGAUAAAUAGGAUUAGCUUGAAAGUACCAGUGAUUAUAUUCACAAAAUUCAAAUUCAAUCAAGUACUGAAUAUAUAUCGACGGAAGAAAGCGAAAAAACUUGAAAACCUAUGUAUUUAUUUCUAAGAACUUAUUUCUAAGAAAUUCAUAAAUCCAUCUUUACACCAGAGUCAAAAAUAGUUUUAUAAAAUUCAUAACUUAUAUAGUUAUGGAGAUAAAUAAAUUGGUUAAAUACAUAACAAAUUUCAACUUUCUCUUUUGAUAAAUAUAUGAGCUAUAAUAAUAUAUUUUUUUGAAAUAACAGAAUCUAAAAUAAUUUUUGUACAAUUGGGUUUUUUAAGGUACAUCAACUCAGCUUUCUUCCGUAUGUAUGUAUUUAAAUUAUGAACUAUUCACACAACCACGAGGUCACGUGAUCGAAUUAUUGUGACAGCUCAAAAAUAUAUUUCGAUAGAUAUGAUCACGCGAUUGAAAUUCGAUUCCGAAGUGACGACGAUUUUUAGAUUCCAAAUUAAGCUGUAAUCUGAGAGGACUGCUCGAUUAAUUUGUGGAGUCUGUCUGUACACCUUUAAAGGAUAGGGUAAUAAAAUAUAGUCUCUGGUACACUCGUUACAACUAAACUUGUAGAUAGAGUAAGUAUCGACAGAAUCGAAUCGAGAUUAAAUCGAAUUUGCAUUGAAUCGAUUUUUAAUUUUAAUUAUGCAUUUGGUUUACAUUAUUUACUGGUCCCAUUCAUAGAAACGAUAUUUGGGGAUGGGGGUAGAUAGUGCGAUAUUGUAUAAUAAGGGAUUGGUGAAAUUAGGACUCCACCAGGGAGGAAUCUGGGGAUUCAUUCCAAUAUAUUAUGAUCCCCAAAAUAUAAUGAGACGUAGAGCCUCAGUACAGUAGAAGGGAUCUUAAAUAUAGUGACAUCUCGUUCAUCAUAGUCAAGGCUGGGGGUAAAAUUAAAGAAAUAAGUGUGAAUUAAUUUAUGGGUGAUUUUCGAUUUGCUUUCGAUUCGAUCGCGAAUAGGAGUCUGCGUGUGUGAAGAUAAAUAGGUAGUACAGUGAAAAGUGGUUGAUUCAUGAAGGGAAUCAAUAAACUAGUCAUUGAGUUAAUAAUUUAAUAUAGCUAUUUAGUAAUUUGAUCGCACACUUUAAUAUAAAUACUGCAUUUAGUUAAAUCUACUCUAUAGCUAAAUGUUUAAAGCAUAUUUUAAUUUUUUUUUUAACAAUAAUUUUAUUUUUUUAAUUAAUGCAGUUUUUUUUAUUAAAGGAGUGAUGUAUAAGGGAAGUAUUGGGUGAUAAGAUUUUUUAUGUGCAAUAUUAUUACUAGUAACUGUUUUUUUGUUUUCCUAGGCGUCGUCGUGGUUUAUUACGUAGACUUGUACAAUAUACAGCUCGCGUGUUCGAAAUAACUGUUACAAUUUACAUUUCUAACUUCCUCUCCAGUAAUGGAAACACCGAUACAGACCAAAUUGUUAUGAAAUACCGCGAUUGGUUCAACCUCUGCAAUGUUGAAUUCAAAAUAUACACAGUGUAAUGUAGAUAUGUAAUAUAUUGCUUUCGCCUCUGCGUCGUCAAUAUCUGUCUACUCCAUGUGGAAUUAUAGUCUUAAAAAUAUUUUUUUUAUAACCUUUUAUGCUUCCAA